GCUUCAUUCCCUGCCAUGGAGAGUCAGAGAGUCCUGUCGUCUUACAGGAAGCAUUUCGGGCACCAGGGGGCCGGCAGCGUGGGUGGGGGCUUGCGGCUCAGCAGCCUCUCCUCCAGCCGCCUCUCCCUCCAUGGGAGCCCCCGCCACAUGACCCACUCCAGCACCAUUUCCCGCCUCUCCCUGGGGUCAGCUGGAGGGGCCCUGCUCCUGGGGACCCCUGGGAACCGGCUGGACUUCUCGGCUGACUCACUCCUCAAGGCCCAGUAUCGGGAGACACGCACCAACGAGAAGGUGGAGAUGAUGGGUCUGAACGACCGCUUCGCCAGCUUUAUAGAGAAGGUGCGCUUCCUGGAGCAGCAAAACACGGUGCUGGUGACGGAGCUGAACCAACUUAGGGGGAAGGAGCCCAGCCGUCUCGGGGACAUCUUCCAGGAGGAACUGAGGGAGCUGCGCAGGCAGGUGGACGGACUCAGCGCUGGGAAGGCCCGGCUGGAGAUAGAGAGGGACAACAUGGCUGCUGACGUGGCCACGCUCAAACAGAGACUGCAAGAUGAGAUGGUUCUUAGACAGGAUGCAGAGAGCAACUUGAACACCUUUAGACAGGACGUGGAUGAGGCAUCUCUGAACCGUGUCCAGUUGGAGAGGAAGAUAGACGCGCUGCAGGAUGAAAUCGCCUUCCUCAAGAAGAUCCACGAGGAGGAGCUGCGUGAGCUGCAGGAGCAGCUGAUGGCCCAGCAGGUCCAUGUGGAUCUGGACGUGUCCAAGCCAGACCUGACCGCUGCUCUGAGGGACAUUCGGGUCCAGUAUGAGUCUGUGGCCUCCUCUAACAUUCAGGAGACAGAAGAGUGGUACCGCUCCAAGUUUGCCGACUUGACCGACGCAGCCACUCGGAAUGCAGACGCCUUGCGAUUGGCCAAACAGGAGGGCAACGAGUACCGCCGGCAACUCCAGGCCAUGACCUGUGACAUGGAGGCACUCCGUGGAACAAACGAGUCUCUGGAGCAGCAGCUGCGUGAGAUGGAGGACCGUUUCUCCGUGGAGACGGCUGGUUACCAGGAUACGGUGGGUCAUCUGGAGGAGGAGAUCCAGACCCUGAAGGAGGGGAUGGCCAGACACCUGCAGGAGUACCAGGACCUGCUCAACGUCAAACUGGCCCUGGACAUAGAGAUUGCCACCUACAGGAAGCUGCUGGAGGGAGAGGAGAGCAGGAUCACUGUUCCAAUGCAGAGCUUCUCUAACCUGCAGUUCAGAGAGACCAGUAUGGACACUAAAUUCUCUCCAGAGGCCCAUGUCAAGAGGAGCAUCAUAGUGCGGACUGUGGAGACUAGAGACGGGGAGAUCAUUAAGGAGUCUACGGCUGAGAGGAAGGAGAUUCCUGACAGUCCUUAAAGGACACAUGGUGCUAGCUAUGUCUGUCACACUGUCCCCACUCCACAGUAACGCUUGGAGGCCUUGCAUGAUAAUGAUACCCUUUCCUGACAAGGCACCUCCCUCUUCUCCAAACCUCAAAGUCAGUUGCUACCACCUCACCAUCCCCUUCCUCCCCUCUUCAUCAUAAUCACCCCCAGACCAUGUUACAUCAUUAAAUACUUAGGAGUUUUGUUGAAACUCAAAAUAAAUCCCUCAUUGCAUCUUUGUUAGCACUUUUGCCAAAAAGUAUUAUUUUUCUAUUACUGUAACUGUAGCUUGAGUGUGCUUGUAGAUAGGCUUUAGUGCUAGGACGUUUGGCCUUGCACCUUAGAAGGAAGGGUCUUGGACUACUACCCUUGGUGAUUAACAGACUUCAUGCUGGGAAAUGUAUUUUUUGUUCAGCUCAUAAUAGUGACAGAUCAGAGUGGGAAAUGUUCUCAUUGUGUUUGGAUAGUAGCCAGAGAGGAGGCCUUGAAAUGUAGUGACUGUUAUUCAGCUGGUGGCAGGGGUCAUGCUGAAGUUGUGUGGUUUGAGUGGAUGUGAGAAGUCAAGAGGAAAGUACAGUUGCUGGGGUUAGCAGUGGACAGGAUGGGUCUCAGACAAGGAAGAUGACGUGUGUUCGACAGUGCUUUUGGCAGAACUGUUGGUGAAAAUAAGCUGAUUUAACCCUCCUCCAGGGCCAAACACCAUAUCUAUUUCAUCCCUCCAUCAUACCCCCCAUCAGUGUUCCAUCUCCAUCUCUCCAUCACUCUCCUUUGUUCUCUCUGUCACUCAGUCUCUGCCCAGUCUCUGCUCCUCUCUGGAUGCAGUGGCUCUAGUUCCAGUGUUUCAUUGCAACAUCAUAUUUUAACACUAGAACAGUGUCUGGGCACAUCCACUUACGCACCAGGGGUGAGAGGGACAGGAUGGAGGUGAGACAGGGAGUUCAGGGAAGUAUUGACGAGACCCUUACCUCUGAAACCCCCUGUUCCUCCCCCAGCCCCAUCUCUGGAGUGUCAGUGAUUGUAGAGAGCCACAAAAGAGGGUGUUGCUGAGAUAGCAUGGUGGUGGUGGAGCGGGUGGUGUUACAUGGUGUCUCCCUGACGACAGCCCUCUCCAAGAAGCCCUGUUGUUGUUCUUUGGAGGGUGGAGGAGAAGAGGAGGGUUGGAGGGUGGCUGUCACAACACUAACUGUUUAGCCCAGCUCUCUCCAUCCGCGUAGAACCCCUGCUGACAUAAACAAGCUGCCACCUACCAUUCAGUACAGAUGGUGCCUUUACAGACUGCUUUUCAUUCUAUCUGUACUAAAGACAAACCGUAACUGUCUUCCAAUGUGCCUGCCUUUCUUUCACAUCUCCCUUCCCUCUGCUUUGCCUUCAUGUUUUCACCUGUCAGCUCUAGAUACUAUUUAUUAUCUUCUUGUCUGCAUCUUACAGUAGCCACAGCUGAACCACACUGCAGUAGGUCGAAGAAAAAACUAAAAGAUGUGAACAUAACCUUAGUUUUGACCAACAUUAUGACAACCCAUUAACAACAAUAAAACCAUGUUGUUUGAUUAGUA